CGUCGGCUUUCAUGAUAAACACAACUGUUGUAUUUGGCUGGUUGUUGCCUGUAUCCUAUUUCCAAACCAAACAAAAGAAUUUUUCGAAUGGAUUUUGGUUGAAAAUUUUGUCAAAACAAAAAAAAAAUAUUCCGAAUCGUUUGCGAUCUCAACCAACAAUAUUUCCAAUGUGACCACCGAACAAAUACAAAAAAAACGAAGAUAAUAAAAAUGGUGAAAAUAAAUCGCUCGUUGACGAGCAUCAUAAACCUGAGCAAUAGUAUAAUUGGUGUAUCGAUUCUAGCGAUGCCAUUAUGUUUCAAACAAUGUGGUAUAAUAUUGGCCUUAUUUAUCAUAUCAUUCAGUGCCUUAUUGAAUCAGUUUAGCUGUUACCUGCUGUUGAAAUCGGCCAUCAUAAAUCGACGAAGAAAUUUCGAAUUAUUAGCAUAUGAUGUAUUUGGUACCGGUGGAAAAACAUUGGUUGAAGUAUGUCUAUUACUGUUCUUAUUGGGAACAUGUGUAGCAUUUUUUGUUAUCGUAGGUGAUAUUGCACCAUCACUUAUAUCACAUAUAUUCGAAUUUGAACAAGGGCCACAACUACGUGCUAUGUGUAUGACAUUUUUGGCAAUGUUUAUCAUCUUACCAUUAGGAUUAUUACGUGAUGUUGAUAAUUUAACAUCAUUUUCAAUGAUGUCAUUGAUUGUUUAUUUAUUUCUCGCCUUACGAAUGUUAUACUUAUCUUUGGAUAAAUUCAUCUUGAUACAACCGAAUGUAAAUAUAAUUAGCCAAUUAAACUAUUGGAAUUCAUCAUAUAUGAUCACCUAUUUACCCAUAUUCUCGAUGGCACUAUCAUGUCAAUCACAAUUAUUUGAAAUAUUCAGUACAGAUUUAUUUCAAACAACAAAAACCGGCUCAUCAUUACGAUUAAUAAUGCGUUCAAUCAAAAAAGCUCUAAUGAUAUGUUCAAUUGUUUAUAUACUGAUUGGCUGUACUGGUUAUAUUGCAUUCUAUAAUGUCAAUUUUACCGGAAAUAUUCUACAAAAUUUACCACCCGGAUUGACAACAAAAUUAACACUUUUAUUAUUUCUGAUCACCAUAUUGACCAGUUUUCCGUUAUGUUUAUUUCCAAGUCGUACAAGUUUACAUUCAUUAUUAUUUCGUAAAGGUGUACAUUAUGAUCUUCUAAGUACAUCACAUUCAUCUAUUCAUAUGUCUGAUUAUCAAUUUAAAUUAUUGACCAUCAUAUUGAUCAUUACGACAAUGGGCAUAUCAAUCAUAUUUCCACGUGUUGAAUUAAUAUUAGCAUUGGUUGGUUCGACCAUUGGCUCAACAAUAUGUUUCAUAAUACCGGCAUUAAUUUUCAUCAAAAUUUGUGAUAAAAACACUAUCGAAUAUCUAUUAUCAUAUUUGUUAUUAUUUUUCGGUACAGCUAUACUAAUAUUUUGUACAAUGUCAGCAUUACAUAACAUUUCAAUGGCUCGGGAUACAGAAAUUGAAGAGAAAAUCAAUGAAUUUAAACAACAAAAAUCUACCAUCCUGCCCAACAAACAAUCGCAAAUGAUUGCUGAAAAACCAAUACAACCACCAUCGAUGGAUAUGAAAAGCCGUAUAAAUAAUAUAAAUAAAUUAAAAGAAUCAAUUAAAAAUGAUAUGAAUCGUUUGAAAAAACAGGAAGCCAUCCUCAAACGAUUGGAACAACAGCAACAAUCUGGUAAUGGUAAAAAAUUCAUAAACAUUACGGUGACCACCAAACCAAUAAUUGAUCAUCAUCAAUCAGAUAUAAAAAUCAUCAACAACGGCGAAAUUCGAAAUCAAUCAAAAUCAUUGAACGUAAAUAGUAAUAAUGUUGGAUCAAAAUUGAAUACAUCAUCUGCUAUUUCAACGGUUAAACCGUUUACAAUUGGUAAUUUGGCACCAAGUAAAAAACCGAGUAAAUUUCUAGCUAAUUAUGGAAAUUAUUCGACCAAAACUAAUCAUUCCAAAAUUAUUUCAAACCACAACAACUACACUGAAAUAGCACGGCAAUCAACUAUGAAACUUACAAUGGCAAAUUAUUCUCGCAACAAAUUCGAAUCUGCCAUCAAGCGGCAAUCAAUCACAAACGAUACAUUAUCUUGAGAUAAUGAAAAUUCCUGGGCACAAACGCAAAACAUUACUUUCAAAUAGAUAUUUUGAUAUUUGAUAUAAUAGUAAAAACUGUGUAUUUGUUAUUGUGAUUUUUAAUAUAAUGAUGAUAAAUUUAAAUUUAUGAAA